AUGCUAUUGGCCGGUGGGAGCAGUAUUUCAGUUCUGGAUAGUCAUAAGCAGACUGCUCUCCACGUCGCGGCGUCCGAGGGUCAAGAACUUGUGACUGAAUUACUUAUUCAGAAGGGAAUCGAUACAUCAAUUCAUAAUCACCACGGAAAGACCGCGUUACAUCUAGCAGCACUCAAAGGCUAUGAAGAAGUUGUUCGAGUUUUACUCUGCAAUGGAGCCGACAUAUCAGCCUGCGACUACCUUGGGUAUACGGCACUUCAUUAUGCAACUAUCGGCGAUCUCAAUACCAACCCCAGUCCCAAAACAUCCGAUCCUAGUUCCCUGAGGGGCGUUGGAGUAGUUCGACUUUUACUUGAAAAAGGAACGAGUGCUUCUUCGAAGACUAAUAGUGGGCGUACAGCGCUCCACAUAGCUGCUCACCGGGGAAACGAGGAGGCUACUCGGCAACUAUUAUCUGUUUAA